GUACUGCCAUGAGAACGGCGGUUCUGUGCGGCACGAGGGUGCAUGUGGUCAGACUGUGCGACUGACAGCAAGCCCCUUCUGACCGCUUGGCGAGAAGGCAAGCAGGCAGUCGUUUCUGGUAGCAUUAUUCGGCAACUUGACGCUGCUGCGCGACCCGAGCCAAGGGACAAGUAGGCAGUUGAUUGGUGAUGUGUGUGGUCAGGCCAAGCUGUCGGUGAAGCCGUGGGCUUGCUCCGAGAUCCACACUAGCCUGUCGUCGUCGGUCCUUGUCAUUAGUCAGGCGAUAUUAUUAUACGUAUGCUGUGGAGUACAUGGAGCAUACCUAGUAAUCAAUUAUCAAUCUUCAUGUUCUUCUCGCCCUCGGCUGCUACUCCAGCCUCCACACUUGGCUCGAAGACCGCUCUGUUUCAUCGUCAGCCAAGAUCCUGUGUUCGCUCGGCACAUCACCACGACACCACCAGUCCAUUCAUCACCGGUGACCGAACAGCCCCAAGCCCAUGCCGAGAAAUUGCGCAUGACUUGCAGCCAGUCAGGCCCAGUCAUCAACCUGACCGCAGGACACAAGACGGCAAGCCUUUCCGGGGCCAGCACUAUUGCCUGCAAAAGAAUCAUGUCUAUUAUUACGUGCUGAACGGCGGCGAGCUGCCGCAAAGUGCCACGAGCCGUGAUGAGGGCGUUGCGAGAGAGAGCAUGGAGGCCUGCUGGCCUCGCCCAGGGCUGACAAUGGGGCGGCCGAUGGCGUCAAGUAAGCGUGGUUUCAGUGCAAUACUUGGCGACUGUCCCAUUUUUGCAAGGCAAUUCAUUGUUCCGCGUACCAGCCGCUUCUCCCUCAGCACACAUGAAUAAAACAGUCAUCGGUGCAUUCCAUAGGGCUGUGAGGUAUGGCAGACGAGCAGUGUUGUUG